ACCACGUAAUAAUCCUAAUUCCAUCACUAACAGAAAGACACAACACCAAAGCUGGAGAAUCUCAAACACAAAUUCUUGUUUUUAUCUCCCACAUGACAGAUCCAAUUAACCAUGCAUCCAUCAUGUAAACCAUUUCUCUUUUUAUCAAAAACCAACACCACCACCCCACAAUUCAAAUAUUCUCUAAUGCUUGCCUAGGAAGAAUUGUGUUUGUGUUUGUGGUUGUGGACAAUGCAAGACAAUUGUUAAGGAAAAUUAAAAACUCAUCUUUAUAUUGUUAAUGUCGAAAAUGGUGGCGGUCGAUGAAAAGAAGAGAGAUGGAAUGGUUCAACAAAAUGAUCAAGUGACUUUGGCAUUUCAUGGGGGAGAUGUGUAUGAUGGAGUUCCUCUUGCACAUUGCUCUAAAAAGUCUCCUUUGGAUGAUAAACAGAACAAGGUAGUGGAUAAUAAAUGCAAGCUCUUGAAAAAUCCAACAAAACAAGCAACACCAGAUGAGUCACAAUCACAAAAGUUUGCAAGCUCAAUGAAAGUGACAACAGACGGAACAUUUUCUCGUGGCGAGGCCAUAUCAUCUGCUGUGAUUCAAGCGGAAGGUCUCCGAUCACAUUUGGGAUCGGAAUUCCCUAGUUUUGUGAAGUCCUUGGUUAGAUCACAUGUAGCUAGUUGUUUCUGGAUGGGGCUUCCUGUGGCGUAUUGUAAAAGGAACUUACCGGAUAAGGAUACAACUAUAACUUUAGAAGAUGAAUCUGGUAGAGAAUACAAAACUAAAUACAUUGCUUGUAAGACAGGAUUGAGUGCUGGUUGGAGACAGUUUUCUGCUGUCCAUAAAUUGCUUGAGGGUGAUGUUGUGGUGUUCCAAUUAGUUGAACCUACCAAAUUUAAGGUUUAUAUUAUAAGAGCAAGUAAUAAUUUAAAGGAACUAGAAGGGAUCAUUUUGAAUCCAGACAGUUGCACAAAACAAAAAGUGGGAGGCAGAAAUAACAUAGAUUCUGAUGCUGUAGCAUGUAAUAGUCCCAAAAGAAAAAAUGGUAAACAAGUUCCACAAGACAUCCAAAAGAAAAAGAGGACAACUAUAUCAAAAAUGGAGGCUAAAGCUAAAAAGUCUAUAGAAAAUUCUGAAAAUGAUAGUGAAGAUGCUUUCUCAGAAAUAUUUGAAGGAUUUAAAAUGCCUGAAUUCAAAGACUUGAAAGGUUUUGAAAGUUUCAACAUCAUAGUUGAUGGAAUGCAAAUUGAUGACGAAUUCUCUACCGAAGUUCGAAACAAGUACUACAAACUAUGCUAUAGUCAACAAGCUUAUCUUCACGAAAAUCUGAUCAAAGGCUUAAACUAUAAGCUUGUUUCUGGAAUUAUAUGUGAAACUGUCCACAUUGCUGAUGCUAUCAAAGUCAGUGUUAUAUCGACCCCACGUGUCGAAUUUUCUAGUUGGGAUAAAACUUUGCUAGCCUUUGAGCAUUUGGGUAUGAAUGUUCAGUUUUUAAGAGUUCGGUUGCGCAGGCUUGUAAGCAUUGCUUAUGAAAAUGUUGACGCCGAAGAGACUAGAAGAUAUUUGGCUUAUCGAACCGAGCGCAGUCGAGCAGACGAUGAAAUAAACAAUGUGGAAAUGAAGCUUGAAGAAUUGAAGGAAGCUUGUUAUGGAUUUAGUGCUUAUCUUGAGAGUUUGAAGUUCAAAGCUGAAAACUAUCAACACAAGUUUCAUAAAGAAGUUGCUGCUAAUUGGUGAAACUUUGUUAUGUGUGGUUAAAAAUAAUUUGUGCAUUGUGGAGAGUUAGACAGAAGAAAAUGCUUCAAUUAAUUAAAAUGUCUACAUUAUCUACAUGUAGUAAUAACUAUGUGUAGUAUUAUGAGUGACAAUUAGAAUAGCCAUUAAUUUUUGUAUGGAUUGUGUUGUUGAAAAGUUCGUAAAUUUGGGAUUAGCUUUCUCCCAAAGGACAAAUACUAUAUUAUAACUAUAAUGAACAUUUGGCACAAAUCAUAACAAGAAAGGACAUUUUUCAA